ACACCGGCGCCCCAACCCAACCAUCGCUCCACGCCCGCGUGGAAAAGACGGAGAGAGACCGGGAGAGAAGAAGAAGAAGAAAAAAUCAGGGGAGGAGGAGACUCAGCGGCCGGGACCGGAACGUGAAACGCGGACGCACGUCGGGAAAGUAAUGUACCAGGCCAUCCCCUACAGCAGCGCCCGGGCGUGGCUGAUGCCGGCGGCGGCGGCUGAGGCGGGCGUCGCCGCUGUGAAGCCGGAGCCGGUGGCGACCGUCGCGGAGCCUGCGGCGGAGGAGGAGCGCGCCCGGCCGGACGCCGCGGCCGGGGACGACGACGACGGCGGCAGGGCGGAGGUGGGGAGGGCCGUGGCGGAGAGGCCGGUGCUGGUGGUGGGGCGGCGCGGGUGCUGCCUGAGCCACGUGGUGAAGCGGCUGCUGCAGGGGCUCGGGGUGAACCCGGCCGUGCACGAGGUCGCGGACGAGUCGGCGCUCGCGGGGCUCGUCCCGGCCGGCGCCGGCGCCGCCGCCGGCGCGCUGCCCGCGGUGUUCGUCGGGGGCAGGCUCCUGGGCGGGCUCGACCGGCUCAUGGCCGUCCACAUCUCCGGCGAGCUCGUGCCCAUCCUCAAGAAGGCCGGUGCCCUCUGGCUCUAGUUUCUAUUACUAAUCAAUCCGUACGUCGGCGUGUUUCUUCCUUCCUGCCUCUUCUGUCUUCUCUCAGAAACGAUGGCGCCGUGGUUUCGCCCGUGGCCGUUGGAUCGAGCAUCACAACACCACACCGCGGCUGAUGCAUGAUAUGAGUUUGGAAAUAGGACUUUGGUUUCUUUUUUAUCUGUUUAUUUAUUUAGGCGAAGCAAAAAAAAAGAAUGGUGAGAAUUCGAACCACAGAGUAAUUUUAUUGUCCGCUAAGCGUGUGCGUGCGAUGACAAGUGGUCGCUUCGCUUCUUCCAUCAUGUGAAUACGGAAGACGGGCGAGAGACAGAGGGGACGGACGUUUGUUUGCUGCCGGCAUCUGUACAAUCCUUUCCGUUUCAGAUUUUAAUGAGGGAUGAGCUGUCCAGUUUCCC